ACAUGACGCAUCCAAUCCGCCGCACGCCAGCCUCUUCCUCGCCAUUCUUCUUCUUCCCAUUCUCUUUCCUUCUUUUCUUCCUUUUUCUUUUUCUUCACUCACCUGCUGCUGCCCCGUCCGGUUCGAACAGGUGGUUUAAGGUUCGGAGAAAAAAGGAACCGAAACCGAUGGCGGUAUGAAACCGGAGAACCGGCGAUUCCAACCGCCGGUUCGAAGCCGGUUUGCAAGCUAGCCUCUAGGAAUAGGAUAGCACAUUUUAUUUUAUUUUUUUUAAUAAAGUCUAUAAUUACAUCGUAUACUUAUAUUUCCGUGGCAGUCUCUUGUUUUCUUCGAUUCCUUCGUCGUUCGUGAACAUCCUUUCCUACGAUCGAUCAUCUUCUCCGUACCGUCUUGUUCUCUGGCUUCGUUGCGUUUUUCAACUCCGGUAUUCGACGUCGUCGUCGUUCUUCGAUCGCCCUUUUCUUCUACGGUUUCGUCUGAGGUUCUUCAUUGAUGGUGGAAACUUGGGAUGGCACCAUUUCGUCCACUGACUUCUACGUUGCCGCUUCUGCUUUUUCCCAGCGGUGGACAAAAUUCAACUCCUGCCUUCCCCAGUGGACAUGGGUUCCCUCUUGCAACCGACCUUGGGUUUCGAAUGAUAAGCACAAGGAGGGAUAUUUGUCUAUGGAAAAUGUUCUUCUUCCUGGGUCACCUGAGAUUGUUCAGAAAGAGAAUUGUGUAGAGAAUGUUGAGUGCAUCAGUGAGUGUCAAGAUGAGCUUUCUGAUGAUGCCAUUUUGGUUCACAAUGAUGGUCCUGGAGAACAUCGAUUCGACUUCCAUGUUGUUUACAGUGCUUCUUUUAGAGUUCCCGUGCUCUUUUUCCGUGCUUACUGCAGUGAUGGGCAGCCCCUGUUGUUAGAUGACAUCGAAAAAGAUAUCUCCAUCAGUGCAGCCGAGCAGCUAACUAAAUCGAAGUGGACAUUCAUUACUCAGGAGGAACACCCUCAUCUGAAUCGACCUUGGUACAUGCUGCAUCCUUGCGCCACAAGUGAGUGGAUGAAGCUACUCUCAGCAGCCUGGAUACCUGCAGAAAAUUUUUUGUCAUCGUGGUUCUCAGUUGUCGGCCAGGUCUUUCGUCUUAAAAUUCCUUACCAGAUGUUGCUGGAUAUACAAGCUACUUAAAAGGUGUGUUUACUUUGGGUUUAUUUAUUAUGUGUUUGUGUUUUGAUUUUUGGGUGAAAUAAUUUUUACAGAAGUUGAAGUUGCGGAUAGAAAAAACAUGUCGUUUGAGAUGUUGCUGACUGAUGUUUAGUUUAAAAUUUUUAUUUGAAUGCGACUCUUAGAUGUAGAUCUCCUCAAAAAGAGAUUUGACACUGAUUCUUGAUAAAUUAACAUAUGUAUUAAAUCACAUGUAACAAUAAUUAUUUUGCCUUCUUAAAAGUUGAUGUUUGAUUGUGGAGGUUGUCAGACC